UGUGGAGUACUAUAUUGGCUAUUUGGUGGUAAAAUCCUGAAUCCUGGAAGUCCAGGACAUGUUACUAAGUGGUUGCCAGUACUCCAGGAACAAAAAUACACUGGGAUGUUUGCAAUGACUGAGAGGGGCCAUGGGAGCAACGUGAAAAGGAUUCAGACUGAAGCUACCUUUGACCUUGCUGCACAGGAGUUUGUCAUGGACACACCAUGUGAAAAUGCCCAGAAGAUGUACAUUAGAAAUGCCAUGAGUGGGAAUUAUGCAGCUGUCUUUGCCCAGCUCCUUAUAACGGGAAGAUCUCAAGGGGCCCACUGUUUUAUUGUUCCUAUUUGGGAUGAAAAUGGAAGCUUGUACCCAGGAGUGACAGCUAUUGCUAUGAUGCACAAAGAAGGUCUGAAUGGUGUGGAUAAUGGGAUUUUAGUAUUUGACAAGGUUCAGAUACCCAGGGAGAACCUGCUGGAUAAGUUUGGUUCUGUGACUCCAGAUGGACAGUACUAUUUGUCUAUUAAGAACAAGUAUGCGAGAUUCAAUGUGAUGCUGGCAGCACUGACCUCUUCAAGAUUAGCGGUGGCCUUCCAAGCUAUGGGCAGUAUGAAGCUUGGGUUGACAAUAGCCAUUCGUUACAGCCACAGCCAGAGACAAUUUGGUCCUGAGGCCAGAGAAGAGGUGAAGAUCAUUGAGCAAAAACACACCUCUCUCCCGCUGAAGCCUCACCUGGACACAGUGUUGGUCUUGACCUUUGCCAGCAGGUAUGCUGGAGUCCUCCUGGAUGAGGACAUCUUCCAAGGAAAAGAUCUCAUCAAUAAUCAUUCCCUGCAGGCUUUGGUGGCAGGACUGAAGGCCUACAGUACCUGGGAAAAUAUCCACUGCCUGCAGGAUUGCCGCGAGUGCACUGGAGGCAUGGUUGUGGCCCAGGAACUAUUGGCUCAAUACACCAAGCGGUAUAAAGAAAAACGGCUCUUUGCUCUGCUUCAGAGCUGGGUGGCACUUGCUGUGGACCAGCUGAGAACCAGCUUCCUGGCAUUUAACUGGGACACAGUUGGUCACCUCACCUUUCUCUUGAAAGCAAUAAAUUUUUGAGAAGGGGUUCUUCAGUGGAGUUUGGUGGCCAGAAUUUAUCAUAAGGUGGUGAGCAAGCAAGAAGACAUCUUUGUGUGGAACUCCAGUCUGCACCAUGUCACCUCCCUGUCUCUGGCCCACAUUCACAGAGUUACAUUACAGCAGUUCUCACUGGCAGUGCAGAGCUGUCCUGACCCCAUGGACCAGGCUUUGUUAAUGAAGUUUUGCCCGCUGUAUGGAACCAAGCUAGUGUUCCAGGAGCGAGCCUGGAAUUUAGAACAGAAGUACUUGAAUCCCAUGACCAGCUUGAGGAUCAGGAAUCAGUGGCUGCACCCGUGCGCGUCGGUGAAGAAUGAUGCCCUGAGGGUGGGGUCUGCCUUGAACAUUCCACUCGCCGACCUCCAAGCGCCCAUAGCGGGAAUCCCCGACCCGCAGGCCUCCUGGGCCCUCUAUCCCGCGCCCGCGGAGCCAGCCGCCCGCCCUCCAGCCCCGCGCCCCGCGGCCAGAGCCGCGGGCCAAGCUGUAUUUACCGGGUCGCAAGGGCAGGGCGACGCUCGGACCACGCGACUUGGCGGCGUGGUUCUUUUGCGGGUCGUGCUUCGCGUCGCCCGACGCCCGAGGUGGCACCGGAGGCACAAAUCUCGACGGGAGCCACCGCCGAGGGCCACGGCAGCGAUUCCCGCGGUUAGGACAGGUCUCGGCUUCCUAGAGUCCAGUCUGUUCGCGAUAUCCACGCCCUCGACCUUUCCCUCUUGCUACGAACUCCCCGGGCCGGACCGGCGUGCUUCCUCUAGCCGGUCCUUCGCCCCCCGCUCGGGACGCACCCGAGACUAA